AUGUCUUCCAAACACUACAAGUUCGAUGUCACGAUGACCUGCUCCGGCUGCUCCAAUGCUGUCAACCGCGUGCUCACACGACUCCCAGGAGUGAAGAAUGUCGACAUUUCGCUUGAGAAACAGACGGUUGACGUGAUAAGCGACCUCGACUACGACACAGUGCUGCAGGCCAUCUCGAAGACGGGAAAAAAGGUCAACGGCGGCACAAUCGUGACGCGUCAAGGUAUUGCAGCAGGUCCAAGGAUCAACAAAUUCGUACCAAGGUGUUUUCCGCUCGGUGCUCCAGAUAUGGAGAGAGGAAGGGUACAGGGGGCUGUAUCGAGGAAACGGCAUCAACUGCAUCCGCGUGAUUCCCUAUUCUGCCGUGCAGUACGCGUCGUACCAGCGUCUAAAGCGGUUUCUGGCCCGUCCAGACGGCAGCCUCAGCACAGAAGGCAGACUGGUGGCCGGGACCGUGGCCGGAUUUCUGUCGGUUCUGGUAUCGUACCCGAUGGAUCUGGUGAAGACGAGGCUCUCUGUGCAGACAGCGCAGCUCAGAAACCUCAAGAGCCGGGCCUCAGUCGAGAAGCCGCCUGGGAUGUGGCAGAGUCUUGUGAAUAUUUAUCGCAACGAGGGAGGCAUAUCUGCGCUUUAUCGAGGUAUUAUGCCGACCUCGUGGGGCGUGGCGCCGUACACGGCGCUCAACUUCACGAUGUACGAGAGCAUGAAGGAGCUGGUGCCCGAGAAACACCGCAAAAACCCAGCCGUCGCGCUCACUCUGGGAGCCAUCAGCGGGAGUGUAGGGCAGACUAUAAUUUAUCCGAUGGACGUUUUGCGCCGGCGGUUCCAAGUGGCGACGCUCGCGGGAGGAGAAAUGGGGUUCCAGUACAAGUCGACGGCGGAUGCGCUGGUCCAGAUCGUGCGCAAGGAAGGGUACAAGGGCCUGUACAAGGGACUGCCUGCGAACAUCUGGAAGAUCUGUCCGGCGAUGGCUGUGCAAUGGAUGAGUUACGAUCUGAUAAGAAAUAUGCUCCAAUAGUAGGGAAAAUCGAAAGACAGACCGACGGGCCAGCCUGUAGCGAUGUGAUAAGUGUGUAUUUUUUUUACCGAGAACAAUCACAGGGGUGA